UUUUAAGAAAUACGAGGUUUAUAUUUAUUUCGACCAAAAUGCUGACUGCAAUCCCAACACAAUCAAAACUCAGAGAGAUGACUGAUUAUUUUUUGAUGGUGUAUAAAUAAUUCCAUCCACGGAACAAAGAUAAUGACCACUCAAAUGAUAGCAGCAUUGUUAAAAAUACCCCUAUUUCCCUGGUACUGUGCACAAAAUAACAGGCUAGUUAUGUUUAUUGCUAAUAAAUAUCAAAGUAAAGGAAUGUUCUAAACGCACACUACAUUAUUAUAAGAUGAUUUCAGAUUACUAUUUGCCAGAAACUAUUUUUUUAAGUCACACCGCAAAGAAUAAAAAAAGUGUGAAAGCUUGUGGAAACCAUUUUGCCGGAGACCAUUUCUCCUUUGGGACCCCCAGCACGAUACAAUUGCUGCUAUAGUGGGGACAAGAUGAGAAAUGUGUCCAAAAUUAGCUCAUUGUAGAUCAAAUGGAAUGAGGGCCAUGAAUUGGUCGACUGGAUUCUUAACACCAGUCAUAGAAAAUGCUAAAUAUUCGGUUUUUAUAGGGGUGAGUUUUGUCAGGCACAAGGAGGGCAGCACGCUGCCGGGUCCUUUCUGGGAAGUCUGCUACUCACUCAGUGUUGCUCACAUGUGUUGCUGACUGUAUCUGGAAACUAGACGCUGUAUCUGGGUUGCACCUGGGGUCUUGUGCAGUAAUUAGUAAUACCUGAUGUGGAAUGCAGUAUAGUGUGUAAAGGACCUGGAUUAUAGGAGUCAUGGGAGAUCAGGGCUUGAUCCUCAAUAUCACAGAGGCACCCAUAUCAGUACACAGGGGUGGCAGAACCGUCCAGAGACCGCUGAAACCCAAAGGGAACCGGUCUAAAGCCAUAAAAAGAAAAUUCCAGGAUGUCAUUGAGGAACCCUCGCCAAAGCGCCAAUCGCUUCCUUCUUCCCCAAAAGUCCAGCAGAAAGAAACCAACAAGCUAUCUGUCAAAAAACUGAAAACUGAUUCCUCACCUAAGAAGGCGUCUGGUCAGAAAGAAAACCACACAAAGGGACGGGCGUCUGUGAAAACAUCCUCCCUCUUCAAAAAUAACCCUGAGGUUCCUGACAUUGAGAGAACAAAAGUGAAGCAGUUACAGGAAGACGUUUUUUCCUCCGAUUCAUUUUCUGGGCUGGGUCUGCACCCACAUCUGGUAUCUACUAUCACAAAUGUCCUGGAUAUGACCAAAAUGACCAGUGUGCAGAAAAUGACAAUACCAGCUCUGAUGUCAGGAAGAGACGCCAUGGUCCGAUCACAGACUGGAUCUGGUAAGACCUUGGCCUAUGGGAUUCCACUUGUGCAGGCGCUUCAAGCAGUGGUUCCAAAAAUCCAGCGCAGUGACGGUCCUUAUGCCCUUAUUUUAGUCCCUACAAGAGAGCUGGCUCUGCAGAGUUUUACCAUCGUUCAGAAGCUGCUCAAGCCUUUCACCUGGAUUGUGCCUGGUGUUUUGAUGGGCGGAGAGAAGAGGAAGUCUGAGAAGGCCAGGAUACGAAAGGGCAUAAAUAUUCUAAUUUCCACUCCUGGGAGGUUGGUUGAUCAUAUCAAGUCAACAAAGAGCAUUCACUUCACCCAUGUGCGGUGGCUCAUAGUGGACGAAGCAGACAGGAUCCUGGAUCUGGGUUUUGAGAAAGACAUCACAACCAUUCUCAAUGCACUGAACUCACAGAGCGAACAGAGACAGAAUGUCUUACUUUCAGCCACACUCAGUCAAGGAGUGGCCCGGUUGGCUGACAUAAGCUUGCAGAACCCUGUCAGCGUGACCGUCACAGAAGAAGUUAGCACUGACAUCACACCAGCUGUGCAUCCCAACGUUGAGCAGAACGAUACUGACCCGUCCGGCUUUGCCAUGCCAGAGAAGCUUCACCAACAUGUGGUGGUGGUUCCCAGCAAGCUGAAAUUGGUCACGUUGUCAGCCUUCAUUCUGGGGAAAUGGAAGAACGAUAAAAAACCAAAGAUGAUCAUCUUCUUCCCGAGCUGUGAGCUGGUAGAGUUCCACCUUACCCUGCUGAGCAACGUGUUGCCUCUCCGGAGCCAUGGCAAGGACCCCAGGGUUUUCCUGAGGCUGCAUGGGAACAUGGAGCAAGAGGAAAGGACAGAAGCGUUCCAGCACUUCACUCAAGCCAAGGCUGGUAUACUGCUGUGUACGGAUGUUGCAGCUCGGGGCCUGGACCUGCCCCAGGUGACUUGGAUUGUACAGUACAACGCCCCAGCAUCUGCCGCAGAGUACAUCCACCGCGUUGGCCGCACAGCGAGACUUGGAGCUCAGGGAAGCAGUCUACUCAUCCUUCUACCGUCCGAGGCGGAAUACAUGCGUACCCUGGUGGAUCAUAAAAUCAGUGUCUCCGAAAUGAAGAUGGAGGGGAUACUUUCCAGUCUACUGGCGGAGAACUUCUUGAGAAUCAAACAAGCUGGUGGGAAGAAGGCCGAGACUGCGGACCCCCAGACAAUACGAGAAAGAGGUACCGUCUUGCAGACAAAGUUUGAAGAUUACGUACAUGCCAAUACAGAGACAUCAUUGUGGGCAAAGAAGGCACUGCAAUCCUACAUUCGCUCAUACGCCACAUACCCAAAGGAUCUGAAGCACGUCUUCCAUAUCCGCUCCCUACACCUUGGCCACGUGGCCAAAAGCUUCGGCCUGAGAGACGCUCCACACAACCUCAGUCAGCAGCUGGCAGGAAAUGUAAAGAAGCAGAGUAAAUACCAGCAUAAGAGAGCUAAAGGACACCAGCCGGUGAGAAUGAAGCAGCGCUUUUCGGAUUUGCUGACGUCCGAAUUCUCCAGCGGACUGCCUUCCAAGCAGAAGAAAGCAAAGAAGGUUGGGGAUAAAGAAAAGGAGACCUGAGAUGUAGAAUUUGGUGGCAGAUACUGGUCACCCAAUCAGCAGCGUCGGAGACCCAAGCGACUGUGAUGCACCAAACUCGCAUAACACCUAUAGAAGCUGCUACAUCUUCAACCCCAGCUAUAUGGUCUGCUGAAUAUGGUGUACGGAGCCCCAGUGAGCUCUGCCGUAGUGCUUUCGCUGCUUCACAAGCGACUAUAAGCUACUGACUUACUGCUUUUUUAAAUACAGAGGACUUGUACUAAGAGUCCUGUUUAUAUUGUCAAAUAAUGUUUUAUUUUUUUGUUUAGCUUCCCUUUGAUCAAAGUACUUGCAAAUUAUAGUCCAUGAAUAGGGACAACAUUAUAAACCAUUAGAGUGGUCAAUUCAAUUAGGUGCGACUUAGUCACAUCCACAGUUACUUUACCACCAGACUCGUAGAUUUUUGUUUGCAGUCCCAUAGGGCAGUGUAUAUUGGGCCUAAUUCAGCAUGGAUCGCUAUUCAGAGAAAAUCGCUAAUUGAGCGAUUAUCAAACCACUGCGCAUGCGUAAGGAGUAAUAGCGACAGAAAAUGCGUACAGAUCAUAGUCGCAAUGUAGCCGCUGUUUGACUGACAAGAAGCCGGCGUUACUGGGCGGAAACCUGCUAUUUUCUGGGUGUGUCAGAAAAAAGGCAGGCGUGCACAGGCGUUUUUGGGGAGGGUCUCUGAUGUCAGCGCAGACCACUUCAAGGCCAUCUCAGUCGCAGGUUAGUAGCAGCCUCAGAUCUACUCACAUUUGCUCGGACAACAAAGAUUCUUCGAUGUUCCGGAAAUUGGGUAUGCAUCUGCGAGUGGAUAGCGAAGUGUGAUGCAGUCACGUUUUUGCACGGAGCCUUUUUCUUCCUGACGGAACGGCGCCUUUCUACUUGCAAACAACUGCACUUUCUCUGAAUAGCGAUCCCUGCUGAGUUAGGCCCAUAAAUCCAUGAGUCUGGGAUGAGAUCGGGCCAUGAGGAGAGUGAGCAGUGACGCAGUUUGCGGUUUUUCCACAUCAUUUCAAUGGCAACUCACCGCUCUCACACCUACUUCAACUGACCCCAAAGAAAAGCUAUCAUGAAAUUGAAAAAACUAAUACUAGCUUUAUUGCAACAAAAAAAUACAGUUUUAACUUUGGUCAUUAUUUAAUAUCUGAGAUAGCAUAUUUUGAUUAAAAUAUUUUUUUAUUCUAUUAAGUCCUACACUCUCGGCAUACCUGAUCAAAUUAAACAGUGUUAUUAUUGUAUUUUAUUUUUUGUAAUAAGGCUAGUAUUAGAUUUUCUAAUUCCAAGAUAAGCUUGAAAGUCAUACUCUCCUAAACUCAACGGCAAUUAAUUACAUUUUAUUACACCAAUUACACAUGGGGAGAGAUUUAUCAAAGCUUGGAGAGAGAUAAAGUAGAGAGAAAGUACUACCCAAUCAGAUUCUAACUGCCAUUUGUCAAAGCCUGCAAAAUGACAGAAACUAAUUGGUUAGUGCUUAAUCUCGCUCCAAGCUUUGAUAAAUCUCCCCCAGAAUGUUGGAUACAGUAUGGCAUACCGCUUCUGUCACUUCAUGCACUGUGCUAGAGAAAUGACAGUUGCCCGCUUUGGGCAACUUCUCCACUUCAUCUCUCUCCAAGGCUUGAUACAUUUCCCCCCAUGGUCUCUAACCAGCUCUAAUAAGCCAUUGUCGGCACAGGACAGCCCAACCCCUCUAAGCCCGUCUCUUGAUUGGAGUAACCCUUCCCUUGGCCGUACACCACCACCACAGUAGUUGGAGAUAUGAAGACAGUGACCAUGGAAGUAGGAGCAACGUGCCAUCUGAGUUUUGUUCUGUGGUAGAAGCCGCCCUUGCAGCAUGUGUAAUCCUAGACCUGACUGCAGCCUAGUCUCUGCUGGAGUCUUUUGUUCUGCCUUAAAGCCACUGCUGGGAGUUGCAUCUCUCCUUCUCUUUAUGUUUCAUACUCAAGAGAAUAGAAGACAAGAACUCAUAAAGAUGUCACGGAGCCACAGGGUUCCUCUGUCUCAUGUUACAGGCCUUUGUUGUUCAGUUGACUGAACUGGUGACUAAUAAACAUCAUGUUUGAAAUUUA